AUGUCAAGAGAGGAGGAAGGAAAGUUGAUGUAUGGAAUGUUAUUUUCAAUCAAAUCUUUUGUUACCAAAAUAUCCCCACUAGAUCCGAAAGAUGGCUUUUUGAACUACAAGACAUCUAAGUAUACUUUACAUUGUUUGGAAACCCCAUCAGGGAUCAAGUUUGUUAUGAACACUGAUAAUCAAGCACAAGGGAUCCGUGAACUCCUUAAGAAGAUAUAUUCAGAUAUCUAUGUAAAAUAUGUGAUAAGAAACCCAUUGUGUGGUAUAGGUGAACCAAUUAUUAGUGAAUUAUUUAAGAAUAAACUUGAUGUUUUUAUUAAGCAGGCUCCAUUAACUGCAGCUCGAGCAUCUUGA